AUGUUCUUCUUCUUCGUAGGCGGCGUGGAGCAGGGGGUCGGGCGGGUGCUGAAGGAGGCGGCGGGGCGGUGCCUCCGGUGCGGCGGCGCAGCGGACCUGGUGGAGACGGAGAAGGUCCUCAAGCUCUUCUUCGUCCCCGUCUGGCGGUGGCCCGGGAGGGACCCCGCGUACCUAUGCCGCGACUGCGGCCUCCUCUCGCCGGGCUCCCUCGGCGCGGAGCCGGGUCCCUCGCUGCUGCUGCCCCGGGAGGCGAGGUGCGGCGCUUGCAGCCGCGCCGUCGAUACGCAGUUCCGGUUCUGCCCCUUCUGCGGCUCCUCCCUCUGA